AUGUGGCUUUACUCAGGCGCAUCCAAACGCUCCGCUAACCCCAAAUCCUCGUCAUCCCAUCACCGCGCGCCCUCACAACACUCCUCCUCUUCCUCGUCGUCGACUCCCACCUCCCGACAGACGUCCCCCAGUUCCGCGCUCACCGAAGUUUUGAGAAAGAAUCCCUUUAGAACAGGCUCAAAGGAGUCCCUGCCCGCCGGAGACCCUGAAGAUGAAGAUCCUUCGGUGCCCUUGAACAAGGACUUGCUCGUGCUCGCCGACUUCUUCCCGGACGUCAAGGUCGAGGUCCUCCGGGAACUCCUUGUCCGCUUCGAUGGCGACAGUAGACUCCCGAUCGCCACGGAGCAACUCCACAAGUACAAAGCAGAAUGGGCCAAGGGCCGAUUGAAUGUCCCGCCGAGGAGCGUGGAGGAGCCGAUCCCGGCAGACGAACUUUUCAGGACAAAGGAGUAUAAGGACGCGGUCAGACGGACGGUGGGACGUGAAUUCAGUGCACUGGGCAAGAGUGCCAUUGACGCCGUCCUCGCGGAAGUCAACUUCUCAUAUACGAAUGCGCGGCCUACCCUUCAAGAAUUGACGAGCAGGUCGUGGAAAGCCACCUUUGCAAACCUCCUCAAGAAGAAGCGAUCCCAGGCCGAACCUCCGUCGGUCCUCUUGGAUAGAACAAAGGCGGAUCCUGGAGGGCCACGCUUGAUCUCGACAGGGUCUCGCGACCUUGACAAGGAGUUGUCAAAUCUCUUCUCCGUGUCCGCGCAGUCGUCUCGACGACCGAGAGACCAACAAGCGAUCGACCUGGAACUCGCUCAAGCCCUCAAUCUGAAGGAGGCCGAGGAAGCGGGUGCCCUGUUUGAGUGCCAGGUCUGUUAUAACGAUGUCACGUUCGAGGACGCCUCAUUCUGCACACACUCGAAUCAUACUAUUUGCCUAGACUGCGCCCGUCACACUCUCCACGAGGCCCUCUUCGGGCAAGGGUGGGCAAAAUCUGUCGACGUCGAGCGCGGCACAUUGAAGUGCCUGGCCGCAGAUGAUUGUGACGGCCAUAUCCAUCAGGACCUUCUCAAGCGCGCUCUCGACCGCUUCGACAACAAGUCCAGCGCUGAAACCUGGAAAAAGUUUCAGGACCGUCUGGCCGAGCACAACCUCCAACACUCGGCUCUACCACUCGUGCGAUGCCCGUAUUGCUCUUACGCCGAAGUCGAACAGAUCUACGAUCCGGACACAGUCACAUCGGCCAUCACAUGGCGACUUCGCAAACCCAUCACAGGCAUCCACACUAUUAUAUGCAUCCUCCUGCUCGAACUCCUCCCGGCCACCAUCCUCUUUCUAUUACCUUUCUUCGUUCUUUUCCCCCGUUACUUUAUUACACUUUUCUACACGUCGUUGGCCCAUUUAGCCGUUAAGACUUGUACCACGCGCUUUCAAUGUCGGAAUCCCUCCUGCAUGCGGAAGUCCUGCCUCAAAUGCCAAAAGGCGUGGCACGAUCCGCACGUCUGCCACGAACCCUUGAUUCUUUCACUCCGCACGACCGUUGAGGCAGCACGCACUGCUGCCAUUAAGAGGACAUGUCCACGGUGUGGGACCUCAUUUGUGAAAACCUCGGGGUGCAACAAACUCACCUGCGUGUGCGGGUAUAGCAUGUGCUACCUCUGCCGCAAGAACAUCGGCAAGGCUGGCUCCAACAUCGAAACCGGUGAAGGCUACCGGCACUUUUGCGAACACUUCCGGCCCAUCCCCGGCCAAAAAUGUCAAGAGUGCGACCGCUGCGACCUGUACCGGGCCGAGGACGAGGACCUCAUGGUCAGGCGGGCCGGCGAGGAGGCCGAGCGCGUCUGGCGAGAGAAGGAGGGCAUGGUCGGGGUUAAGGGCCUGGAGGAUGCCGUGGGCAAUGUCGCCGGCGAAGAUACCGUGUGGAAGAGGUUCAAGGAGGGGAGAUGGACGGUCCAGGGCGUGUUGGACUGGCUUGUCGAGAGGGCCGUCCUUGUCGAGGUGGAAUGA